AUGUACUUAAAGUCAGCAUUCGUUUCUGCUAUUACCAUCCAGAACCUACAAAGGUUGCUACAAGACAUUCUUUGGAAAUUAACUAACUUCCUUCCUUCCGUCCUUCUCUCGUAUCCCAUCCCAGAGCGGGGAGGAGUGGCAGAGCCAGCAUCACAGAGCAAGGUGCAGACCUUGAGGGGUGAGGCAGAUGAACUCAGUGACAAGAUGAAGGAGAAUAUGAAAGGAAUCAUUAAAAAAGGAGAAAAGGUGGUCGACCUCCUCACCAGAUCAGAGAAUAUGAAAAAGGAGGCUGAGGACUUCAAGUAUAGGAGUAAGGAAGUGGAGAGCAAAUACUGGUGGAAGAACGUCAAGCUUAUCACGGUCAUUGUGGUGGUCGUCCUCAUCGUCAUCCUUAUCAUCAUCCUGCUGGCCACCGGAGUCAUCCCUGUCAGUGCCCCUGUGCCUCCUGUAGUCACUCCCUCCUCCAAGCCAUAAACACACACACACACACACACACACACACACACACACACAUAAUGUACCCGCAGCAGACACAAUGAAAUCAUAAACAAACAUAUGUCUAUCACAACGUAAACAAAGUAUCACUCACACAAAUGAGUGCAUUUAUCUCAGCAGCCCUCUUACAUGUGAACCUUUACAGAGGACAGCAAUUGUUGCGUUCUUGCAUUUUUUUUUCUUAAAUGCAAAAUUCUGAGGCAAAUAGAAAUGACAGUACCACUUUGUUUUACAGCCUGCAAAUUAGAAUGUAUAUUGUUUUCUAAAUAUGUGGUGCAAACAAACUUUGAAAUAAAUUACUCUGUAUUUAUUUUUUUAAAUUGCUGAAUACCUAAGCAGACUCUACCUGCUGAGGCGGCUCAGGUCUUUUGGAGUGCAGGGGGCGCUCCUGAAGACCUUCUUUGACACUGUGGUGGCAUCAGCCAUCUUUUAUGGAGUUGUCUGCUGGGGCAGCAGCGUCUCGGCUGCAGAUAGGAAGCGACUGGACAAGGUAAUCAAGAAGGCCAGCUCUGUCCUGGGAUGCUCUCUGGACUCUGGGGAUCAAUAAAGAUGUAUCUUAUCUUAUCUUAUCUUACUUGUGCUUUAAUAAUUACAGAGUGCAUUAAGGUUUAUUCAGUAUCCGUACUGGGUAAAAGGAAUUCACA